UUUUUUUAUUUACUUAUUAUUAAUUUGUGUAUCUGUGUGUCUGUGUGUGUGUGUGUGGUGUAUAUGUGGGUGGUGCAUCUGCACACAUGUGUGUGGGUGCACGUACCAGAUGUUGUGUGUCCUGCUCUAUGGAUCUCUAACUUAUUCCCUUGCAACAAGGUCUCUGACUGAGCCCAGAGCUGGGCUGGUGGUCAGCAAAUUCCAGUGACCCCUCUGUCAGCCCCACCCAACUCUGAAUUUACAGGUGAGGCAGGUGUUUGGCCACUCCCAGCUCUUAAGGAGAGUGCUGAGCUGAACUCAGGUCUUCCAGGGUAUCUUGUCCCCUGAGCCAUCUCUCCAGUCAGCAGCCUUGCAGCCUGAAGUUUUAGGUUAUAGUGUUGUGUAGAUGAAAUCAAUUUUUUGGCUGGAAACAAUCUUUUUAAAAUUUUAUUAAGUUUUUAUUUAUUUAUUUUAUGUGCAUGUGUGUAUGUGUGUGAGCAUGCCAUAGCUUGCUUCUGGAGGUCAGGGAGCAACUUAUGGGGGUAAUUCUCUUCUUCCAUCUUUAUGUGGGUCCCAGGAAUCCAGGUCAGGUUGUCUGACUUUCUGGCAGGCACCUUUACCAGCUAACCUGUUUCUCCACCCCAAGAACAAUAUUCUAUAGAAAUUAAACUCCAUACUCUUGGUUAUUGGAAUAGUUGAAGGGAAGGCAGUGUGUAAAACUGGCCGAUACGUGCAGAACCUUCUGGGAGGCUGAUGCAUGGCUGCAGGCUCGGGAAGGCUCCACUGGGCAGAGGAACCAAAGGAAAGUCCAGGACGGAUAUGGGGCAGAAAAACCCCGGAGAAAAGGCCAGGAGGUCAGAAGGUGAAGUUUCUCCCCAGAGGCAGCAGAUGGCCAGCUGGGUGUGGGUUGGAAGGUAGAGCAUCCUCCUCCUGGAUGCUGCUGAUAUUCCCUGUGACCACAUGGAAAAAGAAAGAGGGGCGGGGGAAAUCUAGACAAUGUAUAUUUGGCUAAAAGUGGUAGAGCGCUUGUGAAUGUGUACGGCCUGAGAUUUGAUCCCCCAGGACCACAAAAAUAGAUAGAUAGAUAGAUAGAUAGAUAGAUAGAUAGAUAGAUAGAUAAUAGGAAAAACAGAGCCAGGUGUAGUAGCAUACUCCUUUUUUUGGGGGGCCCCGUCGGGGAAUCGAACAGUAGCAUACUCCUUUAAUCCUAGUAUUUGUGAGGCAGAGGCAGGUGGAUCUCUGAGUUCAAGACCAGCCUUGUCUACAAAGCAAGUUCCAGGACAGUCAGGGCUACACAGAGAAACCGUGUCUCAAAAAGCGAAAGAAAGAAAGAAAGAAAGAAAGAAAGAAAGAAAGAAAGAAAGAAAGAAAGAAAGACAAAACAGAUGAAGGGGCUGGUGAGAUGGCCCAAAUGGUAAAGUGCUUGCUCUUUUUGACUCAAGCAUUAAAAAAGGAAAAAUGAAUAAAUAAACAAAAGAACUAGCCAUGAUGUCUACCCGUCAUUAUUAACACUUUGGAGCCAGAGACAGAAGGAUCCCUAGGACUUGGCGACCAUCCCGUCUAGCUGAAUUGGUGAACUCCUGGAGAGAGACCCAGCCUCAGAGAGAUAAGGGGCAGAUCGGUUGAAGAAAGCAUUGGCUGUCGACCCCUAGCCUCCACGCACACAAGCACAGGCACGCUCAUCCACACACACGAGCACAGGCACACUCAUCCACACACACGAGCACAGGCACACUCAUCCACACACACGAGCACAGGCACGCUCAUCCACACACACGAGCACAGGCACGCUCAUCCACACAAAAACUCAACAGUCACAGGAGAGAAACAGGAAAAGUGAGCCCGGCACAGAGAGCCAGGCCCUUCACUGCACACUUGAGAGGCAGGGACAAGCAGAUCCCUGUGAGUUGGAAGCGAGCCUGUUCUACACAGAGAGAGCCUGUCUCAAAGAAAUUAAAAAGUGUAAGGCAUUUGUGAGUUUAUCACCUCACCAGAGCGUCUGACUUCCUCUGCUCCUUCCUAGACUGGAUUUCCUCCUGCUGAAAAGAUAAGGGACGUUUUCGGCAACAAAGGUCUCUUAGCAGACAGUCUUAUUUUGGGGGUUGUUUGUUUGGUUUGUUGGCUACAGAUAGAAUUAACCCUGGCUGGCUUCAACUCCAUAUGGACUGCAAGUUAUUUAUGUAUUUGUUUAUUUUUGAGAUGAGGUCUUCAAGGCGUCAGGGCUGAGCCUGAACUCAAUGUCACCCAGACAGGCCUUUAGGUUGCUGAAGUCACACACCUAAUCAAUUACCAGGUCCUAACCCUCCUAUGUUGCUUAAUUUUAAAAUCAUAUUUGUUGCCCUUAUUAAUCCCAGCACUCGGGGGCCAGAGGCAUGAGUUCCAGGCUGACCUGUUUACAGAGCAAGUUUCAGGCCAGCCAAGGGUACACAGAGAAGCCUGUCUCAAGAAAACAAAAACAAAAUCACACUUAUUUAUUUAUCUAUUCAUUCAUUCAUUCAUUUGUGUGUGUGACAUAAUGUGUGCACAUGUGUGUGCGCAUGCACUCGUGUGUGUGCAUGUGUACAUGUGUGUGCAUGUGUGCGUGUGCGUGUGUGUGUGUGCCAGGGUUGGGGAGAUGCAGUGAUUUAGCGCCUUUCUCUACCAGCUCCUCCACCUCCGGUCUCCUUUUAGGUUUGUUUGUUUGUUUUGUAAGUUUUUUGGUUUGUCUUAUUUUUUUUUCUUCUUGUUUUAUGAGACAAGGUCCUGAACAUGCUUUGUGCUAUGUAAGUCAGCUGAUUUUGAACUCACAGACCUGCCUCGACCUGAGAGUGCUGGUUUCAAGGCAUGAUCCAUCACGCCCAACUAAAGAUUCGCUCAUUUUAUUUUAUGUGUAUAAGUACACUAUGGGGGCCAGAAGAGGAUAUCAGAGCCUCUAGAACUGGAGGGUGACGUGGUUGUGAGCCUCCGUGUACCCUCAGGUCCUCUGUAUGGACAGCUCUUAGCCUCUGAGUCAUCUCUCCAACCCCUUCUUUUAUUUUUAUUUAUCUUUUUCCAUUCAUGCUUUUUGGUUUCUUUCUUUAUUGUUUCAUCGAGACAGGGUUUCUCCAUAUAGUCCUGGUUGUCCUGGGACAAGCUAUGGUGGCAUUUCAAUUGUAUUUUAAUAAAUAAAGCUUGCCUGGAGAGGGGGGUUGGGAAAGUAAAACAGCCACACUGGCCAGCCUUACAGACCAGGCAGCGAUGACACACACCUUAACUAGAGAGGAUUAUAAAACAGGAGGAGACAGCUCUCAGGCACCGACUCAUUCUGAGUGAGAUUCCUGGAAGCAGGAUGGCCAUUUCAGACUGAGGUCGAGGGGAGAGCCAGUGACUGACUGUCCUGCUUUUCAGACCUUCAGGUUGUAUCCCAGUUUUUCUCUCUGAGUUUUUAUUAAUCAUGCUUCAACUAGUUCUGUAGUCCAGGCUGGCCUCGAACUCACAGAGAUCUGCCUGCCUCUGCCUCCUGAGUGCUGGGAUUAAAGGUGUGUGCCACCACCGCCUUACCCUUCUAAAAUAUAUCCAAGAGUUAUCAAAAACUCUUGCAAAUGCUGGCACACCUGCUAACUCUUGCGUUGCUCAUCCCUGAGCUUAUGAAUUCAAAUUCCAUGGGCCUCUAGAUGGGAAAAUCCCACAUUAUCUGUUUAGGAAAUUUGUUUUUCUGGAGGAGUAUUUAGUUUGCUUUCUUAUUAAGUUUAAUAAUGUCUCGCACAAUGUUUAGUUGUCCUAAGUAUUUUUCUUCAAUAUUCAAGAAAUACUUAUAUCGGGGCUGGUGAGACGGCUCAGUGGUUAAGAGUACUGACUGCUCCUUCAGAGGACCCGGGUUCAAUUCCCAGCACCCACAUGGCAACUCACCGCUGUCUGUAGCUCCAGUUCAAGAGAAUCUGACAUCGUUACACCAAUGUGCAUGAAAUAAAGUUGUUGGUUUAAAAAAAAAAGAAAGAAAUACUUAUAUCAAAAAUGACUAUCUGAUAUUCAAAUCAAAUUAACAGGACUUCUAUAUCUUAUAUAUAGUACAGUUGAGUUUUUUAACUUUAUUUAUUUAUUUAUAUUUAUUUAUUUAUUUAGUACACAGUGUUCUGCCUACAUGUGUGCCUGCAGGCCAGAAGAGGGCACCAGAUCUCAUUACAGAUAGUUGUAAAUCAUGUGGUUGCUAGGAAUGGAACCCCGGUCCUCUGGAAGAGCAGUCAGUGCUCUUAACUGCUGAGCCAACUCUCCAGUCCCCAUACAGUUGUUUUUCUAAGACAAAGAUGACUUUGGCCUGAUCCUUCUGCUGUCACCCCCACCCCAAGUGCUGAGAUUGCAGGUGUGCCCCCACCACACCCAGUUUAUGCAGUGCCAGAGACUAUACCUAGGGCUUUUUUCGUGCUAGGCAAGCUACAUUCCCUACAUGAGUAUAAAAAAAUUGUUUUUGAGACAGAAUUUCACUAUGUAGCUCAAAUUGGUCUCCAUUUCUCAGAGAUCUGCCUACUUCAGCCUCCUGAGUGCUGGGAUUAAAAGCAGAUACCGUUACAGUCCACAACACAUUUCCUCUUUAGAGUUUAUCUUCCCAACACGUGAGGAGAAGUCCGCACUAUCGUUUCCCAUCCCCAAAUCGUUGUCAACCUUUAGUAUCUUACCAAAACUGGGACGACGACAGCAACACACUUAUACACACACACUCUCACACACACCCACACUCACACACACACACACACUUUUCUCUCUCUCUCUCUCUCUCUCUCUCUCUCUCUCUCUCUCUCUCUCUCUCUCUCUCUCUCUCUCUCUCUCUCUCUCAUACACACACACGAAACUGAAGACAGGUUUGGUGGCACAUGCCUACAUGCCUGUUUGUAAUCCCAGCUGCUCUGGACCCUGAAACAGGAGUGAGAUGUCGCUGUCAUUUCUAGAGUUUUGAAAGUUGCUUAUUUCUUGUUCACUUAGGUAAUAUUAUAUCCUUCUGGAGUCUUUGAUGGAAGUGAAGAAUGGUUAGUUAUAGUUUUCCUUAGUUAUGAUAAAGAUAAAAAUAGAUAUAAAUAUUGUAACCGUAAUUCUUGCUUUAUAACUGUUUUGUUAUAUGUAAUUUUGCUAUGUUAAAGAUAAAGCCUUUCUUUUUUGUUUAAACGGAAAAAGGGGAAAUGAUGUGGGAAUGAUUUCUUACUAAUAAAGAAACUGCCUUGGCUUUUUGAUAGGGCAGAACUUAGAUAGGCAGAGUAGACUGAACAGAAUGCUGGGAGAAAGAAGCAGAGUCAGGCAGACGCCAUGACUCUCCUCUCCGAGACGGACGCUGGUUAGACUCAUGCAGCUGAGUCUUCUGGGCCAGACCUGGUAGAGGCCAAAGCCUGGCCAUGGAGGGAUGCUGGGAGACAGAGGUGACCAAUGGCUCAGAGAGCGGCUCGGACUUCAACCCGAUGAAGGAUUACAUGAUUCUGAGUGAUGCCCAGAAGAUAGCUGUGGCGGUGCUGUGUACCCUGCUGGGCCUGCUGAGUGCCCUAGAGAACAUGGCGGUGCUCUACCUUAUCCUGUCCUCCCAGCGGCUCCGCAGGAAGCCCUCGUACCUCUUCAUUGGCAGCCUGGCUGGGGCUGACUUCCUGGCCAGCAUCAUCUUUGCCUGCAACUUCGUCAUUUUCCACGUCUUCCACGGUGUUGACACCAAGGCCGUCUUCCUGCUGAAGAUCGGCAGUGUGACCAUGACCUUCACAGCCUCUGUAGGCAGCCUGCUGCUGACCGCUGUUGAUCGGUACCUAUGUCUGUGCUACCCACCUACCUACAAGGCUCUAGUCACCCGUGGGAGGGCACUGGUGGCCCUUUGUGUCAUGUGGGUCCUCUCGGCAUUGAUCUCCUACCUGCCACUCAUGGGGUGGACCUGUUGCCCUAGUCCCUGCUCUGAGCUUUUCCCACUCAUCCCCAAUGACUACCUGCUGGGCUGGCUCCUCUUCAUUACCUUUCUCUUCAUUGGCAUCAUCUACACCUACGGGUAUGUUCUCUGGAAAGCCCACCAACAUGUAGCCAGCUUGGCAGAGCACCAGGACAGGCAGGUGCCUGGGUUAGUUCGGAUGCGGCUAGAUGUGAGGUUGGCCAAGACCCUGGGGCUGGUUCUGGCCGUUCUCCUCAUAUGCUGGUUCCCUGCCUUGACUCUCAUGGCCCAUAGCCUGGUCAGCACACUGAGUGACCAGGUCAAGGAGGCCUUUGCCUUCUGUUCCAUGCUGUGCCUGCUUAACUCUAUGAUCAAUCCUAUCAUUUAUGCCCUGCGAAGUGGAGAGAUCCGCUCCGCUGCCCAGCACCGCCUGGUCGGCUGGAAGAAGCAUCUACGAGGGCUCGGGUCUGAGGGAAAAGAAGAAGCCCCAAGGUCCUCAGUUACAGAGACAGAGGCUGAUGUGAAAACCACCGUGGUGCCUGCUUCCAGAAGUCCAGGCUGCUCCAAUUGCUGACGGUACCUAGUUUCCUAUUAGAAACAGCCUGCGUGAGGAAUCAGUUUUCUCGCUUGAGGAGAGAGGAGUCCCAGACCCUGCGUCCUUCUGGAACCAGCUCUAGGGGACUAAACACAGACCCUGUUUUGCCAAAGAGCACUGGGCUUCACGGUUGGAGGGUGACCUGGUCAUGCCGACCUGCACAGUCUAUGGAAAGUGGCCUGUGACGAGACAGGUUCUAUUUACAUCAAGUCAGGAAACCCUCCUGACUCCAGAGACCAAGAAGCAAGAGGGGCCUCCAGGGACUGCAAUAGAGGACUCAGAGGUGGUCUGAGAAGAUGAAGGACUUGUUCUCCUGGGCUCACAGAGUACCCUGGCCAGUGUGGCCCCUGCCUGCAAGUUCAUCAGUGCCCACGGCUGCCACAGUGUGGAUUCCAGGCUGUCCUGCUGAUGAUUGGCAGCGAGACCAGCUAGCUCCGGUUCCCUCUUCAUGGUUUUGGAUUCCGUGGCUGUAAAGCUCAGUGAGGCCUCACCUUCAGGUGACCCUUGCCUCUUGAGGAUCAAGAAUUGUGCUGAGGCUCAAGGGUGUCGGCUCAGACAGUCACAAGCCAUCAGCUCAGGGCAUCCUGUUGGGCAAGGGCCCUCUUGACACCCUGAUAAGCCCUGGAGUCAUGUGACUUUAGGUCCUUGGGGACCCACUGGAGGUACAGUCUGGAGGGGGCUGUAUUGCCCUUGUCACAGCUGCUGUGUCUAAUGUAGCAGUAUUCCUAGCUAGCCUAGCUCCAGGGCGAAGCAAGAUAUUCACAAAGAUUCUCUGGGUCCUAGAUUGUUUCCAGCGAUGCUAACCUAGCCUCCUUGUCUCUUCCAUACUCUGGUCCUGGGGAACAAACAGAAGGAGCCAAGGUGGAGGGACUUCCUGCUGUGGUCCAGACACAGGCUGACAUCCUCUGUCCACAGCCCCACGCUAUGUCCCUGGGUAUCUGAAUUUUACCUUCACUAAGGGAACAUCCCCAACAGAGGGAGGUUCAAGACACUGCCGGUGACAGGAGAGAUAACACUGGGGACCACAGGCACAGUGAACAGAAAGCUCUCCAUCAAUGUCAUUUAAUAUAUUAAAAACCACGUGCCCCUGUC